ACAACCAAGUUCACAAGACAACACGAACAAGCUAAGACAAAUGCCUUCAAGUACAGCACCAGCAGAGAUCAUUGUAGAUGCCGUCCUUUUUGAUAUGGACGGUACACUCGUCAACUCUAUAGCAGCUGUCGAAGCUGCCUGGGGCGCCGUCGCAGACGAGAUAGGACAACCCCGUAAAUCCGUCAUCGAGGCAACUCACGGUCGCAGAGCAUCCGACAACCUCAAAGAUUGGAAACCAGACAUUAAGGACGAGCACCUUGAUGGCGAAGUAGCGAAAUUCGAGCAAACUAUUCUCGAUCACGCAGAUCAAUACAAGAAGCGCCGUGAUAGCCGCUCAUCAUCUCAGUCCUCAUCCAGACGUGCUUCAUCUUCUUCAUCAUCCAGACGUCCAUCUCAGGCCCAGCUUUUUGGCUCUUUCACGCCUAUUGAUAAAUCACGCCAAGAUUCGACAUCACAACAGGACAGGCGCCCUAGCUCAGGAACACUUGCCCAAAAACUCCAGCCGUUGUCCCUCCAGGAUAACAGUGCGGUCGAAAACGAGGAAGCUGUUGAGGAUGAGGAGGAUGAGGACCUCGGACCAGACAUGGGUGUGAAAAUUCUCCCAGGUGUCAAAAGCCUCAUCGACAGUCUUCCAAAAGGCCGUUAUGCGGUUGCCACAUCUGGCGCACGUGUCUAUGCAUAUGGUGCCAUGGAAAGAGCUGGUAUCGUAGCCCCAGACGUUACUAUCACCGCAGAAGAUCCUCGUUUGGAGAACGGCAAACCUCACCCAGAUCCAUUCCUUCUUGCAGCCAAAUGCCUUGGGUAUGACUGUAACAAGUGCCUUGUCGUUGAGGAUUCACCAUCUGGUAUUAAGGCCGGUGUAGCAUCUGGAGCAACUACCCUCGCCGUCUGUACUUCUCACGAGAAGGAACAAAUAGAGAACGCAGGUGCUCAGCACCUCGUACGCAAUCUUGAGGCUGUUAGAGCUGAGCAACUCGCGGAUGGAAGGAUCAAGAUCACCAUCGAUCCAGCACGUAUUGUCACAGAUUCAAAAUCAGACGCUCGUACAGAUGUUGGACUUAAGGAUGAAGACAAAUAGAUAGCUUUGUAAUGUAGAAAUAGCUAGAUAGCUAGAUGUUUUUUAAUGAAUAAUUUGUUACCUACGAAGUGAGACAAG